AUGACUCCUUACCAGGUCCUUAACACAGGUGCACGUAUUCCCCAGGUCGGUCUCGGCGUCUACAAAAUCACCGGCCCAGGCUGCUCGAAGCUCGUUUACGCGGCCCUUGCCGCAGGAUACAGACACGUUGACUCGGCUGCUUUCUACCAGAAUGAAGCUGAAGUUUGCAAGGGUAUCAGCCAAUGGCUGGCCGACAAUCCUGGAACCAAGCGUGAAGACAUCUUCUAUACCUCCAAGAUUUGGGACACUGAUCACGGCUAUGACAAGGCCACCAAAGCCAUUGCACAAGCCCUUGAACGUGCUUCCCCAAUCGGCUACAUUGAUCUCCUGUUGAUUCACUCGCCCCAGUCAAACUACGAAGCCCGUCACGGCACCUGGCUUGCUCUUCAAGAGGCAUUCGCUAAAGGCACCGUCAAGAACAUUGGCGUGUCCAACUACGGUAUCAAGCACCUCGAGGAGCUGCUCGCUUAUCCAGACCUGAAGGUCAAGCCAGCCAUCAACCAGUUUGAGGUGCAUCCAUGGCUUGGUCGUAAGGAGCUGAUUGCGUUUUGCCGUUCAAAAGGCAUUGCAGUUGAGGCAUACUCUCCGCUUGCCAGAGGCCAGAAGGCAAACGACCCUUAUGUUGCGGAGAUCGGUAAGAAGUACGGCCGCAAUGCAGGUCAGGUGCUGAUCCGCUGGUCGGUGCAAAACGGACUCAUUGUGCUGCCUAAGACCGCCACUGAGAGCCGGCUCGCUUCGAACCUCGAUGUUGACUUUACUCUCUCGGACGAAGACUUUGCUGCGCUGUCUGCUCUCGACGAGCACUACGUCAGUGGCUGGGAUCCAACAACGUACCCCCUUGACUCAGAGGCGACUUUAAUUUGUACGUAA